ACCAGCACCAUGCCCUACCCAUACCCAGCACUGACCCAGGAGCAGAAGAAGGAGCUGUCUGACAUCGCUCGAAGAAUUGUGGCUCCGGGCAAGGGCAUCCUGGCUGCAGAUGAGUCCACUGGAAGCAUCGCCAAGCGGCUGCAAUCCAUUGGCACCGAGAACACCGAGGAGAACAGGCGCUUCUACCGUCAGCUGCUGCUGACUGCGGACGACCGUCUGAAUUCCUGCAUCGGGGGCGUGAUCCUUUUCCACGAGACACUGUACCAGAAGACCGAUGAUGGAAUUCCCUUCCCCCAAAUAAUCAAGUCCAAGGGUAGUGUUGUGGGCAUUAAGGUGGACAAGGGAGUGGUGCCCCUGGCAGGAACUGAUGGCGAGACCACCACUCAAGGGCUGGAUGAUUUGUCUGGACGAUGUGCUCAGUACAAGCAGGAUGGAGCCGAUUUUGCCAAAUGGCGUUGUGUGCUGAAGAUUGGGAAACAUACCCCUUCAGCCCUUGCCAUUAUGGAAAACGCCAAUGUUCUGGCUCGUUAUGCCAGCAUCUGCCAGCAGAAUGGCAUUGUACCCAUUGUGGAGCCAGAAAUCCUCCCUGAUGGGGACCAUGACUUGAAGCGCUGUCAGUAUGUAACUGAGAAGGUGUUGGCCGCGGUCUACAAGGCUCUGAGUGACCACCAUGUCUACCUGGAAGGAACCUUGCUGAAGCCCAACAUGGUCACCCCAGGCCAUACUUGCACUCAGAAAUUUUCCAGUGAAGAGAUUGCCAUGGCAACUGUCACAGCACUUCGUCGCACAGUGCCCCCUGCUGUCCCUGGAGUCACUUUCCUGUCUGGAGGGCAGAGUGAGGAAGAGGCAUCUAUCAACCUCAACGCUAUCAACAAGUGCCCUCUGCUGAAGCCGUGGGCCUUGACUUUCUCCUAUGGCCGAGCCCUGCAGGCUUCUGCCCUAAAGGCCUGGGGUGGGAAGAAGGAGAACAUGAAGGCGGCUCAAGAGGAAUACAUCAAGCGUGUCCUGGCCAACAGUCUCGCUUGUCAAGGAAAGUACACCCCAAGUGAUAAGUCAGGGGCAGCGGCCAGUGAAUCCCUCUUCAUCUCUAACCAUGCCUACUGAGC